AGGAAGGACGGGCUGCAAGAUGGCGGCGCCGGAGGAGCGGCUCCUGUCGGACGGGGAAGGCGGCGCCCUGGGCUCGGCGCGGCUCUCCCCGCCCCCGGUCUCGGAGCCUCCCGAGGCUCUGGCGCCCUUGGAGCCGCCGCCUCAGAGCAACACGCUCAUGGGGCUGCCCAUCGUGGCAAUCGAGAGCAUCCUCAGUUUCCUGUCCUACGACGAGACGAGUCAGCUCCGCCUGGUUUGUAAGCGAAUGGACUUGGUUUGCCAGCGAAUGUUAAAUCAGGGAUUUCUGAAAGUGGAAAGAUACCACAACUUGUGUCAAAAGCAAGUUAAAGCUCAGCUUCCAAGAAGGGAGUCAGAAAGGAGAAACCAUUCAUUAGCUCGUCAUGCAGACAUCCUUGCUGCUGUAGAAACGAGACUCUCUCUGUUAAAUAUGACUUUCAUGAAGUAUGUGGAUUCCAAUCUCUGUUGCUUCAUACCUGGAAAGGUAAUAGAUGAAAUUUAUCGUGUGCUAAGGUAUGUAAACUCUACAAGAGCUCCUCAGAGAGCUCAUGAAGUUCUUCAAGAACUAAGGGACAUUUCCUCCAUGGCUAUGGAAUAUUUUGAUGAGAAGAUUGUUCCAAUACUGAAAAGAAAGAUGCCUGGGUCAGAUGUAUCGGGACGUCUGAUAGGAACUGCCCCAGGAACUUUAUUAAAAUCAACAUUCCCAAGCUCAAAUUCCAGUAUGGUUUUAGUACUUAGGAAGAGUGAUUCUAAAGAAGCAUGGAAAAUAAAUUCCUUUCUUCUAAAAAUUCCAGGGCCUUCUGCAGCACUGACAACAAUGCAGCUGUUCUCCAAGCAGAACCCUUCAAGACAGGAAGUCACCAAACUCCAGCAACAAGUAAAAGCAAAUGGCACGGGCUUGACAGCGCUAAAGCGGGAAAUCUCAGAGCUUCGCAUCAAAGUGCAAGAGCAACAGAAACAACUCCAAGAUCAAGAUCAGAAACUGCUAGAGCAAACCCAAAUCAUAGGUGAACAGAACGCGCGAUUGGCUGAGCUUGAACGCAAGCUGCGAGAGGUGAUGGAGAGCACCGUAGGAAAUUCUUCAGGUUCUGGCUCAAAUGAACAAUCUCCUAGAAAACGGAGGAAGACGGUUGAAUCCACAGACUGUCCUAGGAAAUCUAAACGCCUUCGAAACAGAAAAUAACUUGGGAGUAAAUGACACCUUCAGGAGGAUACACUGCUUUAGUAGCCCAAGCAGGUCUGCUUGUUUGGAUACUGUGACUAGCUUCAUGGUGUCACUUAGGCUGCUGGCUCUUCAAAACACCACUUAGACUUGAACAGUGAUUUUUUUUCAUUGAGACUUUUCCCCUGCUUUCUGUAUGGGUGGGCCUAAUGCACAGAUCUUUAAGAUUUGCAAUAGAUACCUACUAACCAGACCUGCUCUGUUAUGUUUUGAAGGGUUAAUCUUUUUUUCUGUGCAGAUGUGUUUAAAGUAAACUUAUUUGUGUUUUAUGCAUAUGUUCACAUAAAAUCUUAAAUAAAUUCAGUCUUAACUGAAAAAAAGUUAAGUGUAAAAACAGAUGUCCUGUUCACUUGAAGGAAAGAUCAACUUUUAAAAUCUUGUUUUGGAGACCUUGACCUUUUUUGUUACAAGUGACCUUGUCUGGAAUGUCUGAAAAGUAGUUAAUACUUUUUGGGGUUCUCUGUAAUGAGUAGAACUGACUUCUUAAGCUACAGUAUUGGCUAUAUAUUUUUGUAAACUUACAAGGAAGGGCCUUCUAUCCAGUCUUCACAUGCACACACCCUGGUUCUAGGUCUUGGGAGCCAUAUUCUCCAUUUGCAUGGAUAGAUGCAUGUACAGCUUAGUCAGCCUGCUCAAAGCACUUGCCUGAAAUUGUUCUUAAUACUCUCUGAGAGAGAGUACGGAGACCUAUAAAGCAAUUUCUUUGUUCCUCAGCCAUAACUUAGCAUCUGCUUUCAGCACAACUGCUUUCUUACAAAGCUAGUUGCAGGAGCAUUUGAACCUAGGCUAUCUGCAACUUUCGCUGCCUGUAAAUUGCAGGUAUUGUUAGCCAAAGCUGGAGAACCGAGAAGCUGCCUGUGCAUCGCUUGAUUCACAGGCCAACGUCUAAUAAGUAUCAGACAAACUGUCCCUACAAUAAGCAAGCUCAGGGGACACUGAAUGAAAUGCUGUAUUAUGGAAAAAAUUCAAUUGUUUUGUGUGUAUGUGUUGGGGGUGGGGUGGGUGGGUUGGAGAUUUCUCUGUAACAUUGAUGACAAUAUUCUAAGCUUUCCUUAUCCGAAAAGGCAAAUCACUUCAGACAAAGCUUUAAUUUCUUUUGCACUUCUGUUUUGAGCUUGUAACUGGAAAAGCAUGUCUUGCACUGUUCAGUCUCUCUGGUCACUUUAACAACCUCAGAGUUGUGUACAGUGAAUUUUUUUUUCCCCACCCCAUCUGUAUAUUUUUGGAACCUUAUACAAAUACCAUCGUCCCUGGUUUUCUUUUAAUGUACUAAACUAUGUAGCUUUAUCAUUUGACUUACAUUUUCUUUUUUUAAUCAGCUGCUGCUCUGGGUUUAGGUGGUACGGAAUUCAACUUGGUAUGGCACUGAAAAUGCAAAUGCUGUGUUUGGAGCGGUUCAAAAUCUUGAUGUUAUUACCAUGAAUUGAAGUGCAAGUUACUCUUAAUGUUUUUGUAUGGCUGUCAGCAUAACAUAGUGGUUGUAUUUAAAUCACCAAACAAAUCAGAAAUUGUCUGGUCAAAUGUCAUGUAAUUGUGGGAAAACUGUCAGUAGUAGCUGACACUUCAGCUACAAUUUUUACUUCUAAAACGUAUUCACUCGUAUGAGAAGUAGUGUUGCAAAUGCCUAAUUUUUGGCAGACAUUUAAUUUUCAAAUAAACUUGUUGGCUAGUUUGAGUCUUUUUAAAAAAAAAAUAAAAGUUAUCAGGGGUAAAGGUUAA